CCGUUCGUUGUAACCACUGACGCAAGACAGUAUGGGAUUGGCGCAGUGCUGGCUCAGCAGGAAGGGAAGAAGUUUUGACCGAUCGAGUACAUGAGCAAAAAGAUGUCUUCAAAGAAGUUGGCAAAGUCCACCUACGAGAGGGAACUCUACACUCUUUACAAGGCAUUUGUCCAUUGGAGGCACUACCUGUUACGAAGGUUCUUCUACUUGAGAACUGACCAUCAGACACUCAAGUGGAUCAAGACUCAACCAGUUCUCUCCGAUGCACUCAAACGCUGGAUUGAAGUCAUAGAUCAAUAUGAUUUCAAACUAGACUAUUUGAAGGGAGAGUACAACAAGGUUGCAGAUGCGUUGUUUAGGAGGGCAAAUUACCUAGGUGCGCUGAUUUCUGAGUUUGGUUUGUCAGAGGACGUGACUCGAUCGUUGGAUGAAGCCUACAAGGAAGAUCCCAUCACGAUGGACAUCAUCAACAAACUACAGGCUAAAGAUAAGGCCACCACUGAUGAGUUUGUGAUGGUGGAUGGGUUGCUCUUUCUUGAGAAGGCAGGGUUCAAGAGGUUGUUUGUUCCAUCUAGAGAAACUUUGCGUAGUUUAUUUUUAGGUGAGUGCCAUGACGCAAUGGGACACGUCGUCUAUAAGAAGAGUGCUAAUUUAGUACAGCGAUUAUGGUGGCCGAACAUGCUUGACGAUGUGAAGAAGUACGUGGAGACCUGUCAGUUCUGUCAGCGGGACAAACCGCGGACUCGAGCUCCGCUUGGGUUACUCAAGCCUUUACCCUUUCCUGCUGGCCCAGGGCAGAGUAUCUCCAUGGACUUCAUGGAUACUCUUGUGACCAGCAAGAAUGGCAAGAGGCACAUCUUCGUCAUAGUGGAUAGGUUCACUAAGUACGCUAGACUAAUCGCCAUGCCAGAGACUGCCAGGACUGAGCACGUCAUCAAGUUGUUCAUGGACAACUGGGUGCGUGAUUUUCGAUUGCCUAAGACUAUCGUUAGUGAUAGAGAUGUCCGUUUCACUAGUGAGAUGUGGAAGAAGGCCGCUGAACAGAUGGGCAGCCAGCUUCAGAUGACUUCUGGGAAUCAUCCCGAAGCAAAUGGGCAGGCUGAACAGAUGAACCGAGUGGUGCAACACCUGCUGAGGCAUUACAUCAAGCCCAGCCAGAAUAAUUGGGAUGAGAAGUUACCUCUCAUCGCCAGUUUGUACGACAACGCGGUACACAGCACCAUCGGUGUCAGUCCUAAUCAACUACAUCUAGGAUGGAAGCCUAGAUUUGCUUUAGACUUCCUCCUACCUGAAAAUCGAGCUGCUGCAACUCCUAGAACCACCGAAUUUGGUGUCCAGUAUGAGAAACUGCUGCAGCAGACUGUCGAACACAUUAAGAAAUCUCAGGAGGUCAUGAUUGCUUCUGAGAACAAGCGUCGUCGACAAUCCACAUUUCAGGUAGGGGAUUGUGUCUGGGUCGAGGCUAGUGAACUGGGACAGGAGUUUGGCAUCUCUAGGAAACGAAUGCCUCAGUAUUUCGAUCCCUGGGAAGUCCUGGAUAUCGUGGGGAAUGAUUUGGAUGGUCCCUUGUACGUCAUUCGUAUCCCUGGUCACUUACGCACUUACCCUGUUUUCCACGCUUCCAAACUUGCACCUUUCGCUGAGACAGCACAGUUCCCAUCACGGAGAUCUAUGCUGCCCCCAACCAUGGAUAGCCACGUGGACGUUGACGACAUCCUGGAUCACAGAGACACGCCUGUUCCUAAGCCACCUGGUAGGGGAAGACCUCCCAAACCUGCGCGAGAAUACAGAGUACAUUUCAAGCAUCAUACAGAUCCGAAGGAAGAUCGAUGGAUUUCAAGGGAGGAACUUGUCAAGACAGCUCCUCAGAUCGUGGCCGAUUAUGAGAAAAGACUAAAGGGGAAGGCACCAGCAUGAAGCAUCUCAACGAACUUUCGAAGCUAAGGGGGGUGGAAUGUGAGGAACAAGC